GAGCUAUUGUAAAGACAUUUAAAUUUGAACCAACCAAAUAUGUGAAUUUAGAAUAAAAUUGCUUUUAACACCAGCAUACUCAGUCAAGUCAACGAAUUUCUAUCCCUGCGCAACAAAUCCAAAACUUGAAAAUUUGAAAAAAUUGGAGGGUCAGUCACCUCUUCCCCGCCACUCUGCAACAUAGACGCGCCCUCCAUGCAGCUGCCGCCACUGCCGUUACUAGUUUACCAUCGACUGCCUCUCUACCAUAUUAUCAAAGUUUUGAAUUACGAUUGAUGCACAUAACAUGUUUGAUGAAUUUCCCAAAUGAAAAUCAAAAUGCAUGUCUUGCUCAGCUCCGCUUUGAGAAGCUGUUACCUUCAAAAUACCCACAAGCUCCAAUUACUUUCAGUGUCGCUCUAUUCCACAUUGCACCCAGUAUCUACACUACCCGAAUUGCAAGACCUCUGCAACAUUGUCACCUGCACUGUUGGUGGACUAGAUGAUCUAGAGUUAAGUCUAAAUAAGUAUAAGGGUUCUCUAACUUCACCUCUUGUAGCUCAAGUUAUUGAUUCCAUUAAACACGAGGCACACACUAGAAGACUGCUUAGGUUCUUCUUAUGGUCCAAUAAGAAUUUGAGAUGUGAUUUAGAAGAUAAGGAUUAUAAUUAUGCUCUUAGAGUUUUCGCCGAAAAGAAAGACUAUACAGCAAUGGACAUCUUGCUUGGAGAUUUCAAGAAGGAGGGUAGAGUCUUGGAUGCUCAAACUUUUGGUCUUGUAGCUGAGAAUUUUGUUAAACUCGGAAAAGAAGAUCAAGCGUUGGGUAUUUUCAAGAACUUAGACAAGUAUAAGUGUCUUAUUGAUGAAUUUACUGUUACUGCUAUUAUUAAUGCCCUUUGCUCUAAAGGGCAUGCUAAGAGGGCUGAAGGUGUAGUUUGGCAUCACAAAGACAAGAUUAAAGGCGUGCUACCUUGCGUUUAUAGAAGUAUUCUUUAUGGUUGGUCUGUGCAGAGGAAUGUGAAGGAAUCUAGGAGAGUUAUUCAAGAGAUGAAAUCGAAUGGGGUUGUCCCGGAUUUAGUUUGCUACAACACAUUCCUCAGGUGCCUUUGUGAAAGAAAUCUGAGACAUAAUCCUUCUGGACUUGUGCCUGAAGCUUUAAAUGUGAUGAUGGAAAUGAGGUCGUAUAAGGUCUCGCCGACCACAAUCAGUUACAACAUUUUACUUUCUUGUUUGGGGAAGACUAGAAGAGUUAAGGAAUCAUGUCAAAUACUUGAAGCAAUGAACAAAUCGGGCGUUGCUCCGGAUUGGGUCUCCUAUUAUUUGGUGGCAAGGGUUUUGUUUCUGAGUGGUAGAUUCGGUAAAGGGAAAGAGAUAGUAGAUCAAAUGAUUGAAAAAGGCAUAGUACCAAACCAUAAGUUUUACUACAGUUUGAUUGGUAUUCUCUGUGGGGUUGAAAGGGUAAAUCAUGCCCUUGAAUUGUUUGAGAAAAUGAAGGUAAGCUCAGUGGGAGGUUAUGGACCAGUUUAUGAUGUACUCAUUCCAAAGCUUUGUAGAGGAGGGGAUUUUGAAAAAGGAAGAGAACUUUGGGAUGAAGCCACAUGUAUGGGCAUAACUCUUGAGUGCUCUGGAGAUGUUUUAGAUCCUUCAAUAACAGAAGUAUAUAAACCUAAAAGACCAGAAAAAAUCAAUGUUGUGGAUAGCUCAAAAGCCAAGUCUCAGCAGAAAGUUUCAAAUUAUCUUGAGAGAAUGAAAAUGCGAAAAUCUGCAGCGAGGAAGAAGAAAAUGAAAAUGAAAAAGAAAUCUGAAGCAUCUUAAUCUGUUGUUAAGCUAGUCUUUGUGAACAAUUAAUUAUCGGUGAUUGCUUAUAAUAAUCCAUUAACAUUGUAUUACUGCAGGAUUGUGCUUAUCAUAACCAUUUGCUCUAUCUUUUGUUGGUUUAA